AUGGGCUCACAAGACGCCAUGAGUGGCUUAUUAGGCAACCUGUCCGCCUUCAUCUAUGGCUGGACGCCCGCCAUCCUCCUUGCCAGCUACUGCGUCUUUAGCUUCUUCUUCUACAUUGUCAUCCCACCUGUUCUUCAAGAGAUCCUUUUCUACAUCUACCUUGCCCUUCAAACAUUCACAGCGCUUUCCGUCUCCACCGAGGCAAUGCAAUCCAUUAGACCCUCUGUCAAGGCCAGACGCGCUUUUCGCAAGACAGCCAAGCAAGGUUGGGGCGAGACCGAGGAUGGCAAGCCCUGGCCCAAGAUCGACGUCGUCCUGGUAGCUUACCUCCCAAACGAACAGGAGAUCAUCUUGCGCCAACUCAGAUAUGCGCUCAGGGAGAUCAACUAUCCUAGCGACAAGCUCAUGAUCAAUCUCGUCUACAACACACCCAAGCCUAUCGAGCCAGUCGAGACCGAGCUGAGCGAGUUGGAGAAGGCACAUGCCAGAUUGCGUGUUAUCAAGGUGCCCAACUCGACAUCCAAGGCCGACAACAUCAACCACUACCUCUCGCUCGACUACAGGUGCGAUAUCAUCACCCUUUACGACACGGAUCAUUACCCUGACCCCAACGCACUUCGAUGGGUCGCAAGGCGAUUCUUGCAAGGUGGUAUCGACAUCAUUCAGGGUCGAUGCUGUGUCUACAACUACAACCAGACAUGGCUCACAAGGCUCGUAGCAGCCGAGUUCGACAUGAUCUACGGUGUCAUGCACAGUGGACGUGCUGAAGUUCAGGGUUAUGGCUUCUUCGGUGGCUCAAACGGUCACUGGAAUGCAUCACUGCUUAAAACGCUCGGUAUGCAGAAGCACAUGCUCACUGAAGACAUUGACAGUUCCAUGCGUGCUAUCAUCUCUGGCGCAAGGAUCGAGUAUGAUCUCAAGGUGCUUUCCUACGAGCUUGCCCCAGAGACAGUACCGGCAUUGACCAAGCAGCGCAUGCGAUGGGCACAGGGCUGGACCCAGGUCGCCUUCAGACACGCUUUGCCUGCCGUACGUCGAGGAGCAUAUUCGGACGACAACGGUUGGAGGUCCCGUAUUGGUCUUUUCCAGCUCUUGGUCUAUCGAGAGGCCUACUUCUACAUCAACACACAGCUUCUCUUUAUCCUCAUCUCUUCGCUCAUCCUCAGCUUCCCGCAUGAGGGUCUGAGAGAAUGGUUCAGCGACUUUGGUGGCUUCGCCCUCGCCAUGUGGGCUCUGAGUGUCAACUUUAUCUGCCUGUUCAUCACCAUCUGCAUCACGCUCAGGAACAGGUCGAACUUCACCCAUCCUCUCGGCAUCAUUGCAUUUGGCUUCUUGGCCCCUUUCUACUUCAGCAUUGUCAGCUUCAUGUCGAUCUUCUGCCACUUCCGAGAGUUUAUCAAAUUCGAAAAGUGGAACCCAACAGCGAGGUCCAACAAGAAGUAG